AGGGAAUGACUAAGACGUUCAUAAGUGGGAAUACUAUACUUCCAUCCAUCCUCCAGGCUUUAGGGCAAUUACUGGAAUGGCUACUAACUGUUUGAAAUAAAUCAACUUGUACUUAACAGUAGAGCUGUAACCUUGGAGUGAAUUUGGGGUAAAAACACUGCCAUUUUAACCAUGAUAAUUGUCAACAAUCUGCUUUUUCUUAAUGAGAUGUCAUUGCAUGUAUUCAUACCUACGCAUGACAUGGCAAACUUAUUCCUGAACUAGGGACUUGUUAAUAAGGCAAACUCGGUAACAAAGUGAAACUGUGCAAUCACAGCGCGACCUUGGGGAAGGCAAUGUUCCGAAACGACGCGGUAAACAGGCACGGCUGUUCUCUCAUGAAUAUGCAUCGGCCAGCCGACUGAUAACAAACGCUGCUCUGUUCUGUCCUGUCAGUCAACACCGGCACCAUGAAGCUCCAACCUGCCUGUGUUGUUGUGUCUACUGCCCAGGUUGGUGACAAUCAAGUGGGUAGACAGUUCACGACCCCGGGGCGCUGGUCAUCCCCUUCAGCGGAGGAGUGGAGAGUCUCCUGCAGGACAUGAGUGAAGGGGAGAUUAAGAAGUACUGCACCGAGCACAAGGCUCAGAGCGUUCUGACAAGGAUCAUCAAGGCUGGCUAUGGAGCCCUACAGUUGGAGUACUUCUUCACAGCUGGACCAGAUGAGGUCCGUGCGGGGACCAUCCGGAAAGGAACCAAGGCUCCACAGGCAGCUGGCAAGAUCCACGCGGACUUUGAGAAGGGCUUCGUUAUGGCUGAAGUAAUGAAAUUCUCGGAUUUUAAAGAGGGGGGCAAGCGAGAACGCUGUCAAGGCAGCAGGGAAAUACAGACAACAGGGAAAAACCUACAUUGUGGAGGACGGAGACAUUAUCUUUUUCAAAUUCAACACGCCAAACCAGCCCAAGACUAAGAAGUGACUCAGUCGCAGUCUGUCGGCUACCAGAAUGGACUGUGCCAUUAGAGAAUUCUUCUUUGUUUUAGACAGAAUGAAGCUGGAGAUUGAUUGCUACCUGCCAAGUCGGCUCAGUCCUACCUACUGCCCACUCUGCCACAUUAUCCCUGUUUGUUUUCUGUCCAGGAGAAUUCUAUACAAUCCCCCUUGCCAAAGCACAGAUCCACUAAACACUGACAGCUUUGCUAUUUAAGAUCAGGAUGCCCCCCCCCCCCCCCCCCCAAAUGGUAGGAGCAUUUGAAGAAGAGUAUUACUCUCUUGAUACUUCAUUAAUCUCCAUCACUGGUGCCAGGCCUGACACAGCUGACAGCAGGGACAAUGCGAGCUGCUCCUCUCCUCCUUCCAGAGAUAAUGCAUGUUUUACAGUAGCCCAGAUGUCUACACUCAAUAAAACAUUUGACAAAACCAGCCGGUGUGUGUUUGGGGAUGUCUGUAUUGACUGGCGCGGCAUGCAGGCGGCGAUAGUGGGUCCUGCUGGCAACUGAUUACAGAAUUAAAAGACACAGUUGACAGUGGCUCUGGCAGAGAGGGGACAGCAGUAAUUGUAUCUGUAAAGUGAUUCUUAUUUUAGAGGGCUAAGUGUGGGAUGCUGAUUAUUUCAUACAAGAGAAUUGGUCAGGUGAAAUUGUGUUUGAAUGAACCUUUCCUCUCCGUGGUUAUUCCUGCUCUCAUUUGAGUCCUGGUAUUCUGAUAUGUUCUGUAUUUCAAGAGAUUGCUUUACAAAUGUGCACCCCAUUAUUAUUGAGAGUGCCAUUAGCUAUUAUCACUAAAUGUAGGUAUGCCUGAAGGCUGUUUUUGUCAAAUUCUCCUGUGUCUCCAUGCCACUGAGUGAUCGAAAAAAACAUCCUUUCCAAAAGACUUUCUUUUUAUAUGGAAUUCUGAAAAGUAAAAGGAAGUCACAAUUCAGAAGCACAACCCCCCCCCCC